AUGGAGCAAGGCAAAAGGCAAUUGCUGCCAGUUGUUGGUUUGGAUGCUUGUCACAUCAAAGGACAACACCCUGGCCAAUUACUAUCUGUUGUUGGUGUUGAUCCUAGCAAUGGCAUGUAUCCAAUAGCUUAUGCAGUCGCAGAGGCUGAGAAUUAUGCAACUUGGACUUGGUUUUUGGAACUCUUAACUGUUGAUCUUGGCAUUGAAAACAGCAAUGACUAUGUGCUCAUUACAGAUAGACAAAUGGCUUAA